UGUGUUCUUGAGUUAUGUGUUGUGAUUCCUGCACUUAUAAGAUUUCAAACUUAUUCUUAUACGUCAUGGUAAACUAUAGAAGGCCUAAGAGAUCCUUGAAUGAAACUCUUUUAAUGUUUGACGAUCUACUUCAUGAUGGAUCUGUACCAGUAUAUGUACAGUUUAUGUAUGGAUGUGUCAAAUUGUACAUACAAUGAAGAUACAUGCAUGUGUGUAAACGUGCUAUUCCAACAUUUUCUAGUCAAAGGAAGUCAGCGACAGGGUAUACCUAGAUCAUUGCAUGUGUAGACCACUUGUAAUAGAAACAUGAUCAACUCUUUGAUAUGAUAUAUGUUUAUACCUAUCUCAAGUUACAGUCUAAAUGGUACAGUACUGGUGAUUUGUUGGGUGGUGUUGUGUAGAAAAUUGUGUUUUUCAGACUGGUAUGUAUUUGCAUUAAUCUAUUCCUUAAUUCAAAGUUGAUAUGAUUUAACUUAAAGUUGUAUCCUACCUUGUGUCAGUUGCAUCACAUAUUACUUGUGUGUUUUGCUUGGCACGAGAGAGGUAUCCAAAGACCUCGUUCAACAUUGCACAAAGACAUGGUCGGUGUCAUGGGACGACUGGACAAGAUCAUCAGUCUUUUGGAUUCUGCAGAAAGAGACAAACCCAAGCAAGAGAAACAAGAAAUAGAUGCCUUGACACUCCAGAAAGAGAAGUUUAUAUUGGUGAUCCAAGCCUUAAUGUGCAUGAGGGCCAGCAAGUUGGCUGUUACCAGAGCCACCAUGAAGGCUGGUAGGAGAUCUUUGUUGGCCCUCAAUCUUGUUGAUAUCUUGUUCGAUCAGGAUUGCCUAAGACGUUCAACUGUGUGUGGGUCUAGAGACUCCUCAAAAGAGGCACUAAACCCUAGAAAGAUUGAAGCCAUGAGAAAUAAUAUGAUUGCAUCAGGCUACAAUACUGCUUUGUUUCAAUAAUUAUUUUGUGCAUUGCAGGCCACUGUUUUCAAGCGUUCCCAAUACACGAGGGAGAAACAGAAAAGGAGGCAUGGCAGAAAAUGACAAAGGCCAUCACAGACAAGUGUCUGCUAGUUGCCAAAAGCUAUAUAGCAAAUUAGAAUAUUUGCAGAUCUUGAUUAUGGAGUUAUUGUAACUUUGAAUAUAGCAUCAAGGCUUG